GGGGACAGAGAAGUAGUGGGGGGCUUCCUGAGGUUUGUGAACCCGGCGAUGGAUCCCGACCCAACAGCCGCGCGGCGGGGAUCGUUGCUGCUGCCGUGGCUGCUGCUCGUGCUGCUGCUGUUGUCCGGGCUGGCUCUGGGCUUGCUCCCUUUCGGCAGCAGUUCUCACGGGGUCUUCCACGACCUCCUGUCGGAGCAGCAGUUGCUUGAGGUGGAGGACUUGUCCCUGUCCCUGAUGCAGGGCGGAGGGCUGGGGCCACUGUCGCUACCCCCAGACCUGCCAGAUCUGGAUCCCGAGUGCCGGGAGCUGCUGCUGGACUUCGCCAACAGCAGUGCGGAGCUGACCGGGUGUCUGGUGCGCAGCGCCCGGCCCGUGCGCCUCUGUCAGACGUGCUAUCCCCUCUUCCAACAGGUCGUCAACAAGAUGGACAACAUCAGCCGAGCCAUGGGGAAUACUUCAGAGAGUCAGAGUUGUGCCAGAAGUCUCUUAAUGGCAGAUAGAAUGCAAGUAGUUGUGAUUCUUUCUGAGUUUUUUAAUACCACAUGGCAGGAGGCAAAUUGUGCAAAUUGUUUAACGAACAACAGUGAAGAAUUAUCAAACAGUACAGUAUAUUUCCUCAAUCUAUUUAAUCAUACCUUGACCUGCUUUGAGCAUAACCUUCAGGGGAGUGCACAAAGUCUUCUACAGACAAAAAAUUAUUCAGAUGUGUGCAGAAAUUGUCGGGAAAAAUACAAAACUCUGAGUAGUCUGUACAGUGAAAUGCAAAAAAUGAAUGAACUUGAGAAUAAGGCUGAACCUGGAACACAUUUAUGCAUUGAUGUGGAAGAUGCUAUGAACAUUACUCGAAAACUUUGGAGUCGAACUUUCAACUGUUCAGUCCCUUGCAGUGACACGGUGCCUGUAAUUGCUGUAUCUGUUUUCAUUCUCUUUCUACCUGUUGUCUUCUACCUUAGUAGCUUUCUUCAUUCGGAGCAAAAGAAACGCAAACUCAUUCUACCCAAACGUCUCAAGUCCAGUACCAGUUUUGCAAACAUUCAAGAAAAUUCAAACUGAAACCUGCGAAAUGGAGAAUUGACAUUGUUAUCACAUGGAUAAAUGGUGGAAGACACAACUCGGUCAGAAAGAAGAUAAAAUGUGAUUUGACAAGUCAAGUUCUUAAGAAACGCAAGGACUUCCGAUUUAUUUUUAAAUAAGAAUUUUCAAUUUUUCUUUCUUUUUCCACCCUUUUUUAAGGAUUUGGGUAUUUUUAAUUUCCAGGCAUAGCGAUGUUGUCUGUUUUAAAGUGUAUUUGUUACAAUAACAGAAGAUAAAAGAACAAUCUUUGU